AUGUCGAAUCGGCGGAGGAAGGUGUCAGCACAGCCGAAAAGACACAACGGUCUGAUGGGGAUGGUAGCGCACAUGAUGUACACUACGGUGUUUCAGAUGACUGUAAGCAUUGGUCCUAAAGACUGGAGGCCACAGACCUGGGACUACGGGUGGUCUUUUGCCAUGGCCUGGCUGUCCUUCAGUUGCUGCAUGGGGGCCGCGGUUGCCACGCUCAACUCUUACACCAAGACCCUCAUCGAAAUGAAGCAUCGCGCCCGUGUGAGGCUGGACGAGGCUCGUGCUGCUGCCUGCGCCCCCUCCUACGAGGAUGUGGUUCGAGCCGGCGGUGGAGGCCUUUUCUCCGUCAGUCAGCUGAUUCAGCUCGGCCAGCAUGGGGCACUCAUGGACCCUCUGUGGCCCAGAGGAAUGGGACCGGCUGUCGGCACUCUGGACCCUCAUGGUGUGGUGGUGGUGGAGGGAUGCUGUAUUGAAGGAUGUGAAGACUGUGAACGGGAGAUGGACGAAAUGGAUUACUCUCAGCAGGAGGAAAGAGACGACUCGCUCUGCUAA